AAAUAACCGGUGUUGUUGUUGUGUAUUAGGAGCAGUGGUCGCUCCGGUUACAGUUUGUGGUUUAAAGUCUUUUGCAGAAAAAACCUUAGAACCACAGUGGGAAGGACCAUUCCAGGUGCUCCUCACUACCUUCACUGCAAUCAAGAUCCAAGAACAGAAGGCCUGGAUCCAUCACUCCCGAGUGAAGAAAGCCCCAGAGGGAAUUUGGAAAGCCACACCAGGCAAUAAUGAAGUGAAGCUGAAGCUCACUUGGAACAACGAAUAAAUGGACUAAGAGUUAUUUUGGACAUUAUGUGGAAAGUUGUAACUAUUGUAGUAAUUACCUUAACCAUAACAGGAGUCAACACAAUACCACGAAGGUAUAAUGUGACUGGGAUAUACCAGUGCCAAGGAAGAGCCUAUGAUCCUUACUCUCGUAAGGCUUUAAACAAGAUACUAAAAGUCACAAAUGCAAGCUUGUGGGAGGGAAGAAAUGUUUGGGGAUGUAAGUAUGCAUUUGUACAGGAUGGGUUCCACGAGGCUUACCAUCCACCCAUGAAACUCAUCAGGGUUAGUCCUGAAUGCUGUGGUAAAUGCUUGAGUAAAUGUCUAGAGUUUAGGCUCAAAACAGAAGGGUGUGCGAUAAGGGGGUAUGACAUUGACUUUAACAUCACUCAGGUAUGUACUAAGUACCAUAAGAACCAGACCAAAAUUACUCCACCAGUGCCAAGAAAGGCUGUGAUCACCAAGAUGUCAGCUAUUCCAGAAGUGGAGGAACAAAUAACUCCUGUAGUUACCAAAAUUGGGCCAUAUGCUAUUAAGAAGACAGGAGUUCAGAAGCUGAUAGUUAACCCAAAGUGGUCUUUAAAACGAGUAGAAAUGGGAGUACAGGUAAAUGCUUCGCACGUUCGGCCAGAAUGUGCCCCAUUUCUCAGGAACUCCUUUAUGGACUGGACUACUUGGCUUCAAAAAAGUAUGCCUCCCAAUUUUAGGAACAAGAGGGAUCUCACUGGAUUGCUAGGAACAGGACUGGGAGUGCUGAACACAAUAGAUUCAGAAGUGUUACUGAAUAAAUUAACCACAAUAGGGAGCGAUUUAGUCAAACUACAACAACCUUUGCAAUCCUCUCUACUAGCACUAGGUAACAAUCACUGGAAAUUGACCAAGAUAUUACCAGAAUGGGAAGACACAGAGGAGCGAGAUUAUGAAGUAAUAAUUAAUGCACUAGGCACAGCUAGUGAAAACAUCUCGUUGGCCCUAGGGUGUACUCAGGCACAACUGUGGAUGCAAUCAGUGCCUGCCGCAGUUAUCAGGGAAGGUGGAGAAGGAAUAUUCCCUGCUGAAAUUUGCAAAAUUGUCUGGGAUAAUGCCUCUGAUAUGGAGAGGGAACUUCAGUCCUGGUGGGUGUUGGUCAAUUUCACCUAUAACCCUGUGACUAGUGUAGUGACAGCCUUUGUUUUAACUAUACACGAUGCCUCAGUGGACUUAAUACACCCAAUAGUCCCCUUAGGAUUAAACCAUGAGAGAACUGUAUUGUACCCUUCUGAACACAGAAUGUGGGCACGAGAAAUUAAAGGAAAGUGGCAAACUAUUAAUCUAGAGCCCUGUAUUGUGAGGAGACAACUAGGAUACAUAUGUGAAGGGACAUUAGAGGGUGACAAAGACACUUGUUUAGACACAGACCAAAGUAUUUGUCACUUUGAAACACAUCCAGGCAAACAGACAACUUCGCUUGUCUAUACAGGACAAGGUUGUGUCUGUCUUAGGACAGCAUACCCCAUCAUAAAGAUAGACAACCAAAUCGUGAAUGAGCCUCAAUUCAAUUUGUGUGUUUGCAAUUUUGUUAGAAUUAAGGGAUGUGAUUUUUCCUAUCGAGUACCCAUAUCACAUCAAUAUAUAAAGGCCAACCUAGCCACUGUGCAGAAGAUACUGCCUGUGCCCAUAGGAAUGAAUUUGACUUUAGUUGCUCAAUUGCUGAAACAUCAUGAAUUGAGAGAAAUCUUAAAAGAAAUUAGAGAUGAAGGAGAAAAGACAUUAAUUACUAUACACCAUGACACAGAGACCAUCAAAGGGGUUUUUAAAAGGCUUGAGGAACAUUUCUCUCAUCAUUGGUGGGAUGUGCUUUUUAGGUGGUCACCCUAUAGUUGUGUUGCUUAUUUUGGUCAGCAUAAGUUUAGUGUUAUCCAUUGUAAUACUUGUUUAGAACUGGAGGAUGCUACGACGAGUGGCAGCUUUAACAUCACUGUCAAAGGCGUAUGGCUUGGUCUUGAGAGUCACUAGCUGUACAGCUUGGAUAGAUGAGGAAGACUCUGUAUACUGAGUAAAAGAAUUUACUCAUUUCAAAGAAGAAGUGGGGAAUGAGAUGUUAAUUUUGAGGAACUAAGGAUUUUUAGGAAAGUUAAGAUAAUAAGUUGCUGAACUAGCUGAAGUACAUAGGUAAUCUUUGUUCGCAGAAGCUGGAUCUUAGAUAAGCUACCCCGGAUCUUGUAACUCAUUUCUCAUCAGGUUUAUGUUUAUGGAGUUGUGCUUGUAAUGAAAAACAAAAUGUGGUAAAUAGGACAUAUGAUAGCUGCAGAUUUCCUGCUUAAAGGACCCAUUGAACACAGGAAACUGUAAGUUCUACCAAAGAUUCAUUUGUCAUGAAUGCAUUGAAAAGGUAGAAAGGUCAGGACGAGGAAGACUCAUCUUACUUCCUCAUUUUGGGUGACCCCUCCCCAAAAUAGACCCCUGACUCAUUUUAGGAAACAAAGUACACAUGCUUAAUAGCCUUUUUGCCAAUUAGCAUACGAAGCGAGGAAUGGGAGGUGACAGGGGUAUGAAUAUGCAUUUGUAUUUUGGAUAUUCAACACUUUUGUAAAUAAAAGGCUUUGUAAUCACCUGUGUAUUUCGCAGUGC